CUUCCGAAAUAGAAAAAUGUCACGCUGGCGAUGUUGAUUGCAUUGCUAAAACACUUCCGUUCAUUUUACAAAACUAUGCUCAAGGAAUUCCGGAAAUCGGUCUUACCGAUAUAGAAAAACUUUCACUCGACGAUGUUGUUCUUACAAAAGCGAACCCGCAUUCGGGAGUUUCGCUUAAUUUGGAAUUCAAGAAAAUGUACCUGCAUGGCAUCAGCAAUUUAACUGUGCAACGCAUCGUGGGCUUUGAAAAGGAUCCACUCAAUUCAAAAUUUGAAAUAUAUAUAACCAUACCAAAUUUGGUAGUCGAUGGAGAAUACAUUUCUAGCGGCAAGGUGCUGAUACUACCAAUGGACGCCACUGGUUAUGCGAAAAUAAAACUGAAGAAUAGCAAACUCAGUUUGAAAUUUAAGAGCGAAGAAGUGCGGAAAGAUGGCAAGCAGUUCAUAAAAAUUAAGGACCUCAAAUGCAAAUUAACACCAGAAUUAAUGAAAGUGAAAUUCGAAAAUCUAUUUAAUGGUAACGAACAAUUGGCCAAUUCUCUAAAUCAACUCAUCAAUGACAAUUGGAAGGUGCUGUAUUCUGAUAUGGAAGAUCAAAUAAAUGAUGCGGUUGCGAAAAUUGUUAAACGGCUGUUGGCUGGUGUGUUGCGAGUAUUGCCCUAUGACGAGUUUUACGGAAAGGAUUGA